AUGAAGAGAGGAAGAGGUGCGAUUGGGGGAUGCAGUAGUAGUGAAUUGGAAUCAAAGAAUGAGGAGGAGGAGGAGGAGUGUGGGUUAUGGUCGCUGCCAAAUGAUUUGCUUUUGGAUUGCCUGAGUCAGGUGUCGAGACUGGACAUGGUGGCCUUAGGCAUGGUCUCCAAGAGACACCGGCAUGUGGCAAAGUCCCGCGUUAUCAGGGCGACGAGAAAUAGGAUGGGUAAAUUGGAGCCAUAUUUGUACGUAUUUAUGCACAUGAAUCCAGAAGAUCCAAGCCCAAGGUGGUUCGUCCUCCACCCCCUGCAACGUCGGCUAAAACCGGUUCAUUCGACCUUUUAUCCGGCUCCACUAGCCGGAUCUUGUUUCGUGACAACGUAUUGGGGGAUCUAUUGUAUCGGUGGAGUCAUGAACGGCAAGCCCACAUCGGAAGUCACGCUGUUUCAUGCUAUUGACCACACAGUGCACCGAAUUGUCCCCAUGAAGAUGGCUCGAAGCGGAGCAUCCGCAUGUGUGAUAGACAAUAAGAUAUACGUGUUUGGGGGGUGCUGGGAUGAUGUCGCUAAUUCCUCAAACUGGGUAGAGGUGUUGGAUUUGGAGUUUGGGAGGUCUUGGGAGUUUUUGUGUGUGUCUACGCCCAAGAUUCCCCUCAACAUCCAACAAAACUUUGUGAUAGACAAGCUUUUUUGUGGGGUGGAUGAGGAUGGUCAAAUUUUUUACUUUGCACCACAGUUUACCCCCCCUACGUUUAUUACCAAGGGGAUAGUAGAGCCUAACCCAGAAAACAGAAACGACUGGCUCUUAUUUGAGGUACUACUGUCCCGUGGUAUCUGCGGGAGACUACUGUGGCGUUGGCCAGGUGGGAAUAUUUGGAGGCAAGUCAAGGGUUUGGAAGAGCUGCUGCAGCAGCAACACAUCAUCAAAGUCUGCGGUUCCUCUAUGGAGACUAUUGCCAUCUUCUGGGAAGCCGGGCUGCCUCAACAAGAAGGUCUUUUGGAGCUUUGGUAUGCCGACAUCUCCUUGAAGAAAUACCAAGUAGAGGAGGGGCUGUGGGAGAUUUGGGGGAGCAUUCAAUCUUCCGCUCCUGUCCUCUCAUACUCAUCACGUAGUUCCCCUAAAUUGUUAUAUGCUGAUGAUGUCUCAUGCUGA